GGGAGUUUUAUUCAAAUUAGGUGUGUCAUUCUUUGUUGGUGCUCUGACCCAUUCUGUUCAAUUUCACUAGCAUCAAACGCUCACUGGACUAAUACCUGUUGUGAAUUUGAAGAAAGCUACCAAGCCAACAACACCUAUAGCGUCCAGCAUUACUGUCAUUGUCAAAUAGAGUCACAUACACAUUGUCCUGUGGUGAAAGUUCCAACUAUUCUGAAAGAGGAAGAAAAUACUGCAGCAUGUUGUAAUUUCCGCAACGCAGGGCGUCUCCCAUGCAAAUCCAACAACUGUUCCUGCUCAUUUUAAUAUAAAUGGUGGCUGUGUUCAAAAAAAUAGUCUGUUCCAUGAUUGGUUGCUAUAAAUAAUCGUACUGCUGGCUGUUUUGUACAGGGCCCUGCCUGCUAAGUGCUAUAGCAGGCUGUGGUGGAACGUUUUCAGAAGAUCUCACUUGGUGAAGAUAACACCCAAUAAGGAUUUACUUGCUGUAGUAUAUUUAGUGUUUUUUUUGAAAAAAACAAUGGCAAGUAUGGCACCUGUAGCCAUACUAAUGCUGGCCUUACUAAGCAUACAACAACUUUCGAUACAAGCCAUGCCAUUCCCCCAAAUCAAGGUACCCUGUCAUGUUAUGCCUGGAUUUGAAGUAAUGAAGUUACAGCAUGUAGGACAGCAUUACAGAAUGCACCGUCAUGGGAAUGAGAACAUUGACAGGUUAUUCAACAUAACUGAAGAUGGAGUAUUACAAACCAAGGAGAAACUAAAUGAUUAUGCGGAUAACUUGUUCAAUAUAGUGGUAGAACAGUUUCUGAAUGACAACUCCUGGAAAGAUUCUUUCAGUAUUUACAUCUCUGAUAGCCAGCAGGAUUUGGCUUUCAGUAGUAAGGUUUUUUAUGGAAAUGUUGCUGAGAAUCAACCAGCUGGUACGCAAGUUGUCGUUAAUGCAUUCAUGUCUGCCUGUUAUAUGUGCAAGGAUGUUAACUACCAGUUGGUUGGUGCAGGAAGUGAAAAGUUCCGACUUGUCUAUGAAGGACAAUCAGUUAAAUUGUUCACCGCUGAUGUGUUAGAUCGGGAAAUCCAGCCAGAGUACAUUUUUACGGUCACUGCCAGUUUAUCAUCAGAAAGUGUGACAUCAGAGCUGACAAUAUCCAUCAUGGAUGUAAAUGAUAAUGCUCCCAUAUUUGAUCGCGAGUUCUACGAAGUUACCAUCCCUGAAGUAUCUCCUGCUGAUGCACAGGUUGUACAGGUUCAGGCCAGUGAUGCUGAUGCUGGUGAGAAUGCACGUAUCACAUACCAGACUGACAACAAUGAUAUGACUUUCUCUGUGCAUCCAGAUACUGGUAGCGUGAUAAUAGGAGGACCACUGCAUCCUAAGGAAUAUGCCUUCACUGUUUUUGCACAUGACCAUGGUGAUCCAUGGCUUGAGUCUACAACUACUGUUUACAUCACCGUAACUCCAGUCGACCAACAUCUGAAAUUCUCUUCCAUUUUUGAGCCAGGUCCAGUGAUACUUGGCCGAAAGACAGAAAAGUUACCAGAUAUGGAAGCCAUGAUAAAUGAAGAAGUGCCAAGUGGUACAGUAGUGGCAGAGGUAGCAACCGCCGUAAAUGGUCAGAGUGGUGAUAAAUUUGUGAUGAACAAACCUCUCAAUCCCAGGUUUCAUGUCAACUACUUCACUGGUGAAAUAUUAGUGACUGGAAAACUGAACCACACAGAACACCCAAUAGAAGAAGUGUAUGUCGAGAUCACGCAAGAUUUUAAUAAACCAAAUAAACCUACUCCCAAAACUAUAAAAGUACUUAUCACUGUGGAAGCUGCAGUCAGUGGAAUUCAGGAAGUUUCCAAAGCAUCUAAGAGGGUUCGCAGAGCCAGUAAUCCUGUGUUUGACGAAGCCAAAUAUGAGGGAAGCGUGCCUGAGGUGGAUGGUCUCAAUAAACCACAAGUAUUCACACCUGAAACGAUUCUCACGGUUCAUGCCACUGGUAAUCCAAAUGAUAUUACAUACAGUAUCUCACCAAGCCUUUAUCAAUCAGAUUUUGAGAUUGGAACACAAAGUGGUGUUCUCAAAACAAGGCAACCACUUGACCGUGAAGAGGAAGGUGAUGGAAAAGGACAAGUUCGACAAUUUCAAGUCAUUGCAAGAAAUUCAUAUGGUACUACAUCUGUCGAUGUCCUGGUUAAUGUAGAGGAUGUCAAUGAUAAUGCACCUAAAUUUCCAUAUUCUCCAUAUGUUGGUCAUUUUGAGGAACAUACUGGCCCAGGGGAGUCAGUGAUGACAAUAGAUGCAGUUGAUCUGGAUGAUCCCAAUGUAGAUCGAAAUGCUAAACUUGUCUAUAGCAUUGUGACCAAUUCUUUAACACCUGAAAGCAGGAAUAUUUUUACAAUUAAUAGUGAUACAGCGCUCAUUAAGACAAAUGUUGGUAAUCUAGACAGAGAAACAACACCAGUGUACUUUAUCACUGUACAGGCUAUUGAUGGAUAUGGGUUAUCAGGCACUGUCACAGCUACAAUUUAUGUUGAUGAUAUCAAUGACAAUGCACCAGAGUUUCCCCAGGAACAGUACUACACCACUGUUUCAGAAAACCUUGCAGUUGAUUCUUCUGUCUAUUCAGUGAAGGCGUUUGACAGAGAUGAAGGCAUUAACUCCUAUUCUAUUACCAGUGGAAAUAUAGGAAAUAAAUUCAAGGUUGAUGUAGAUCUUCAGAGCGGUACUGGAAUUAUAAAAAUACAGUCGCCACUUGAUUUUGAAGAACCGGACCAGAAGCAGUUUCGCUUAGUUGUUGAAGUAUUUGAUGGGGAAAAUUCUGACAGUACUCAAGUUUUGAUUACUGUUCUUGAUGACAAUGAUGAGCCUCCGUUGUUCCAGAAAGAUAGCUAUCAGAUAUCAGUGUAUGAAGACUAUCCUCUGAAUGUGGAAAUAACCAGUGUGCAAGCAACAGACCGUGACUCUUCUGCUAAGUUUAGUAGCAUUGGUUAUUAUAUUCCAGCUGGGCAGGAUGAUGGUAGUUUCUUUAGUGUUGGAAUAGAAACUGGUAUAGUUAAAGCAGUCAAGCAACUCGAUAGAGAACCUUAUGAAGAUCCAAAAAUGAUAAAAUCCAAUUAUAUAUUCAAAAUAACUGCUGUAGAUAAUAGAGACGGUCCUUAUUAUGAAGCACACAACACAGCCACAACGACUAUGACAAUUGAUUUGAUUGAUGUAAAUGAUAACCCUCCAGAAUUUUUACUCAAUUACCAACCAGUGGUCAUGGAAAACACUCCUGCUCCUGAAUUUGUGGUUCAGAUCAGUGUUAUUGAUAGGGAUAAACCAGAACAAGGUCCUUUCACAUUCAGUGUGGAUAACUCAAAUGGUAUCCUGGAUUAUUUCAGCUUCAAUCCUGUUCAAAAUACUGAUGAUCAAGCUGAUGUUUUCUCACGUGUGAUGUUUGACCGUGAGGAGACGCCCUACUACUAUAUGGCAAUUGUAAUGGCUGACAAUGGCGAUUUAACUGGAACACAGACAUUGACGAUUAAAAUAGGAGACGAGAAUGACAACCCACCUGCAGCAGCCACAAAGGAAAUAUCACUUUAUACAUACAAAGGACAAAUACCAGAGAGUUAUAUUGGUGAGGUCUAUGCUGAAGAUGCAGAUGAAGUAAAAGGGGACGACAUCAAAUAUACCAUGGUUGACAAAAAAUCUCGUUAUUUCAUAGUUGAAUCUGAUACUGGCCAAAUAAUAAUUCUUGAGAACACCCCAGCUGGUGAAUACGAGUUCAAUGUUGAAGUGGAUGAAGCUCCAUGGAAUCCAGUCACUUGUACUGUCAAAGUAAAAGUCAACGAUGUUCCUGAGGAGGCAGUAUUCAGCUCUGGCUCAGUCAGGUUCAAAAUUACAGCUGAAGAGUUUAUUUCGGGAAAGCCCAGUUUGAUGGAUGAGUUCAAGAAUCUGUUGGUGACAAUAGUUGGUGCCAAGUGGGAAAAUAUUGAUGUGUUCAGUGUACAGAAUGCUGCUGAUGAGGAAGGCUCUUGUGAUGUCCGUUGGUCUGCUCAUGGAUCACCUUACUAUCGACCUGAGAAAAUGAAUACACAGAUAUUAAUAAACAAAGAUUUGAUUGAGGCAUCCCUUGGUAUUGAAAUUGGUAUGGUACCCAUUGAUAUGUGCUUAGAUGAAGGAAUUUGUGAGUCGUCGUGUACAAACUAUUUCUCAGUAUCUACUACACCAACAGUGGUAGAUGCUGGUGCUGAUACGUUUGCUGGUGUGACUACACGACUAGAAGCCAGAUGUGUCUGUGGUGCUAAGAUAGCCCCAAGAGGUCCAUGUGCCUCUAAUCCAUGUUAUAAUGGUGGUACCUGUUAUGACACUCCAUCAGGAUAUUCAUGUGAAUGUAGUCCACAAUUUGAAGGACCCAACUGUGAAGAAACUGCUAUAUCCAUUUCUUCUGGUGGUUUUGCUUGGUUUGAAACUUUGGCACAAUGUGAGCAAACCAGAACCAGUGUUGAAUUUUUAACUGAACGACCUAAUGGUGUUUUGUUGUACAAUGGACCUAUAAUGAAAAUGCCAGCAGAUUACCCAGAUGAUUUUAUGGCCAUUGUUCUUGUCGAUGGAUUACCAAAACUUUACCUAAAUUUAGGAUCAGGAACUAUGACAUUGGAAAUUCCAGGUUCCCCUAGAUUGAAUGACAAAAAGUGGCAUUUAUUGGAAGUUGUGAGAGCCAGUCAGUAUGUGGAGUUCAUUGUUGAUCACUGUCAGUCAGCUACUCGAAGUGAAGAUGCCUCCUCUACUUCAAGUGAUGAAGAUAGCUGCAAGACAACUGGCAGAACACCUAACAACCACAAAUUUCUAAAUGUCAACACACCCUUACAAGUGGGUGGUCUGGACAGAAGUUCUGACUUUAGUUAUGAUCACUUUGAUUACUUUGAUCUACCUGCACUUCGCAGUGUCUCGCCCGACUUUGAUGGUUGUAUUAAAAACAUCAUUCAGGAUGGCAAAGUCUAUGACCUGGCUACUCCAGCUAGGGAAUCAAACUCUGGACCUGGUUGUAUACAUACUGAUCAAAAUUGUUUUAUUGGGGAUAAAUAUGUUUGUAGUUAUGGUACCUGCAUUGCUGAGGUGGAUAGCUAUUUCUGCAUAUGUGAUCCUGGUUGGGGUGGCCUUAAUUGCGAUAUUGAGUUGCCUUCAUUUGACUUUGGCCUCGACAGCUAUGUGCAUUAUGACCUGAACCAAGAACUGGUUACUGAUGCAUUCACAUCCAACUUUCAUCUGAUGAUUGGUACAACCCAAGAAGAGACAGGAUCUUUGUGGCACAUUGAGAGCAAGGAUGGUGUGGAGUACAUAACUAUUAGGGUUGUGGAUGGAUAUAUCACUGUCCAAUACAACUUGGGUGAUCCAGGUAAGGAGUACUACCUAAAUAUGGACAACUAUACUGUGAACGACGGCAACUAUCAUACUAUCCAGUUGCAACGAUAUGGUAACUUCUUCCAAUUGAAAGCUGAUGGUGGAGGUGGUGCUAGAACAGUUGAAGCUACACAGGGAGUGUUUACACAGUUUGUACCUGAUUCAACAUCACUUGUCAUUGGUGCUAAAAUACUGACAUCUGGUAGUUCUGUUACUGAGGAUUAUACAGGUUGUGCAAAGGACGCCCGUAUUAAUAAUAAAUACAUUGGAUUUGAUGACGAGAUUGAUGGAACUAAAGCAGAAGCAUUUAAUGUUGAUGAGGGCUGUGAUAUCUGUUUAUUGAACCCCUGUUUGCCUCCCUUAUUGUGCAUUGCUACACCAAGUUUCUAUUACUGCAGCUGUCCCAUUGGAUUUAUCUUGAAAAAUGGAGAUUGUGUAGAGGAGGGUGAUACUGAAUAUGUGGUUGGAGCCGCACUUCUAAGUUUUGAAGCCCUCAUUGCAAUUCUCAUCUGUAUCUUUGUAAUACUUAUUUUGAUUUUGGCAUUUGUUGUGUAUAAGCGUCGACAAAAUCAACAAAAGAACAAAGGAUUGGUGUUUGAUGUGGAUCAUGAUGACGAUCUGCAGGAAAACAUUGUUGUAUACGAUGAUGAAGGUGGUGGCGAAGAAGACUACGAUGGCUAUGACAUCAACACUUUGCGCAAACCAAUUGAGCCUGAAGUGGAGAGUCCGUUAACUGCUAAGAAGAGGCCACCACCAGUGGAAGAAACUCCACGUGGUCGUGCAGCUCCACCACCUGGAGGAGAACUUCCAGACAUUGGUGACUUCUUAGACAAGAGGCAAAACGAUGCAGAUGAUGAUCCCGAAGCUCCACCAUAUGAUACUUUACGUAUGUACAACUAUGAAGGUGAAGGUUCCACUGCUGGCUCUCUCAGCUCGCUUAACACCAGUGGUUCGGGUGAAUCUGAGCAGAAUUUUGACUAUCUAAAGGAUUUUGGUGCACCGUUUAAGAAGCUUGCCGACAUGUAUGGUGAAGGGGAAUCAGAGGAUGACUGAAAAUUGACUUUAUUAUUGGGUUGAUGCUUACUUCUUUUUCUAAUCAGACUUGUUUUCUGCAAGAGUAUGAGUCUGUGCAAAUAGAAUCUUGAUUGACAAUGUCCAAGGCAAUAAUAUUUUUUCUGUUGCCAAUUCUGGUUUUAUUAAAACAGAAACUUUAAAGAUUUGAAAAUUAAUAGAUCUGAAACGGUGCAUGCUGUAAAAUCAGUUACAAAUCACUUUAUAGAAUAGAAGCUUUACAUUAGCACAGAAUUACUGCAAUACUUCAUUGCACAGUUUUUAUCACUUGAAUUAUGAAGAACUGAUAAUAUUUGAAAUCGUCUUGUGUAAAAGAAUAAAGAUAAAAAAAUCUUUGUAUAUUUUAGGAAAUUUGAACUGAAUGCUAAGUUAGGAACUUAUUACUAUUUUUAUACUUACCUAAAUUUCAACUGCAAUGAAGCAGUAAAUAAAUUGUGCUCGUCCCCGUUAAUAGAGGCUGAUUUUUUAUUUACUACAGUGAUUAUAAUAAGCAUUCCAGUUAAAAACAGCAACUGCCCAAUCUUUUUUUAAUGUUUUAUUGUUUGUAGUUUGCAAGAGUACACUUUGUUUAAUUUUGUUAUUGUCACAUUAUAUAAUGCAGUGUUAGAUAGACAUGUUUAAAAGAUUUAAAAAAAAAAGUGCUCACUGUAGUUGUGUAGAUAAUUUUUGGAUUAAAAUUAGCAGAAACAAAUGAGUUUCUGUUUUUUCAUGCUUCAGUUGAGGCCGCACCUGGUGGAGAGUUUUGGAUUAAACCAAGAUCACAUACUUGUAUUUUUAUAAUAUGUAGUUCUUGCAAUGAAUUGAAUGUUAGACAAGAAUGGGAUGCCAUGCCAUGUGAGGGACUAUCUGCUAUUUGUAUUUCAUUUAAAAUUUUGCUAAUGAAAUGACAGCUUCGAAGUGAAUGAGUGUGUUGACAUGGUUACUGUAAUAACAUCCCUUGUAUGUAUUAUCGGAUAGCUGCAAAAUUGAACGUUUUACUAAUAUUUUAAAUAACUGAAAACCCUUCAUACAACCCAUUCUUAAAGUUCUCAAUAACAUGUGCAAGACCCAUCUCGCAAUUUAAAUUAAAACGAAUAUCCAUAUCCACCGUGAAUUGUUUUUAUCCAAAAUGCAAUUUUGUACUUUGAUACAUAGUCCUAAACCAUAUGACCGACAAUCAUAUAGUACAUCAGUCUGUCUAACUGUACAUGUAAUUCCGACACUAGACACUGCUAAUGGUUCAUGUCGGUAUACAUGUAUCCUGGUUAAUUCAGUGGCUGCUCUGUUUGACAUAAUAUGCUUGUGUAAUAUAUUCAUCCAUGUAUUCAAUUUUUGUUUUUCAUAUUUUGUAAGGUUUUGAUGUUUAAUCAUAGUAAUGUCAUUGUUUGAUCACACAAUCACUACAUAUUGAAGUUCUCUUCCUAUAGCUUAUGAAAUCCACUUUGUGCAUGCUGGAAUGCAGACUUUUAUUGAAUAAUUAUUGAAGAGAUUAGCUUCUUUAUUUUAACUUCUGAGAUGUACAUCUUUAUUUGGAGUUCUUUCUAUACGGAGUUUAAAUAAAACACUUUACUACUAAAAAAA